AAUAGCAGAAGUUGUUUGUACCUGGGAUAGCACUAGAGGGAUAUUCAAAAUUUAAAACUUAGUUAAGGAGUGAUAAGAAGUUUAUGUGGCAGCUUUGGAGAAUAUAUCUCAUAGAAUCAACAAAGAAAUAUCAUUGUUAUUGAUUGUACGACUCAAGGGAGAGUCUCUGUAGUGGAUGUGUGACCGAGUAGUGUGGUAAAGAUAAGAGCUUGAUCAUUUAUUUAAAUAUUUUUAAAUAUUAAUUAGAGUUAGUAGAGUUAUGGCAUUGGUUAACUCUAAAGUCUAUAAAUAAAGAGUGUAAGUUCAUUUUUUUUAUUGACUCACACUCAUCAAUUACUCCCUCUUUCUCUCUCGUAGCCAUCUUCUCCCAUUCCAAUUUAUCUCUUUGUUUUCAUCAAGAGCCAAGCACCAAUAUCACCAUAAAACUCUCAUAGUUUUCUUUUUAUUUCAUUCACAACCAAUGCUUCAAACUUCCAUUCAUACCACCUCACACAACCAUACAAUACCAUACACCACUUUUAAUUUCAAAAUCACCGUCAUCUUCUUAUAAUUAUCAUAUAGCCACAACACCAUAAUUUUUGUUAUUUAGCCAAAACACAUGAACCUCACCAUUGCUACCAAUUGUUCAUCAAGUUAUAGAGUUCUAAACUUAGGGUUGCAAUUAGUUGGUGUUUUCAUUUCCAAAAAUUAAGGUUUACGUGGUAUGUAUACAAGGCUUUGGUUCUACAUAUAAUUUUCGCAAUCAAGCUAGGAUCUCCACAUUCGAGAUAUAGGAGAUAUGUCUCUUAGAAUUAAGGCGUCAAACGAAACAGUACUUGCAGAAAUAAAAAGCAUUCUGUCACUUAAGAUCGAAAAUAUCCGCCACGAAGAGGAUAAGAUUCUUAGAGCUCUACGAGAGGUCAUCGCAAUUAAUGAAGAAAUUAAAAGAGUAGUAGAGGUGAGGGGAGCCUUAAUCAAAUCACGAGAAAAGUUUCUAGUGCUAAGGGCUGCUUUGUCACAUGUCCCCGAACUUCUUUACUAUAUCGAUGAAGUCUGGCACCGUGUCUCAAAUCUUGGCGACGCAAUUAGAUACACAGCAUUUAUAUGUGAGCUGACGCUUGACUUCCACAACUUCGUUUUCGAAAAGACUUAUAUUGUGGAAACAAACGGCAUGGAAGAAGAACGCGUCAAGAACAUACGAUAUAAGCUAAGUGACGACAGUGUGGAGGACAUAACUGAAUCUGUGAACGUAACUAAUGAACGAGAUUUGGAAGAAUCAGAAAUGCCAGACUAUUUUGAAGUGACAGCAGAAAUGUUGGAACUUGAACUAAAAAGCCCACCUCAAAUAGAAGCAGAGAAAAUAGUAGAAGUAAUAGAGAUUCCUUCAGAUGAAGAAUCCAAAGAUGAGGAAAUGCCAGAAGGGCCCAAUGAGCCAGAUUACCCCCCAAUACCGAAGAGCAAGGACUCAGAUCUACCCACAGCAACCAACAUCGAUGAACUAGAAGAUGACAUACCUGACUAUCAUUUUGAAGUAGAAAUUGAUGAGUCAGACUCUGAAUCCGAGGACAUGCCAGCACCAAUUCCAGCAGAUGUGGAAAUGGAAAUAAACUUCGAGGAACACCCAGAAGAGAACCUAGAAGAAGACCAUGAAGGAUCUGAAGCCGAGUCAUGCGUGGAGGAUGAAUAAUAGUCUCUUUCAACUUGUCAAAUUUUAUCCAAAGAAGAUAUUUUUGCUCCUAUUCCAAUAAUCUAGUGACUAUGUAACUAGAGAUUUAGUACGCUUUCAAGUAAAUAAAGAUUUAUUUCUUCUUCUUCAAUCAAAUUCUUCUCUUAUGAUCAAAGUAACUCCUAUAAAAAAAUAAUAAUAAUUAGCAUGGAAGACAGUUCGCCUCUACUUAGGAGUCUAUUUUUUCUUUUUAGUAAUGUUGAUUCUUCAAUUGGGAAUAAAUACUUAAGCUAGACACCAACAACAAGAAGUACCAAAGAGUGUGACAUCUGAAGUAGCACUCAAACACCGGGGCACUAGGAAAUUGGUCUUAAGUUAUUCAAUGC